AGUUUCAGUUUGUGUUCCUAUGCUGGAGUGCCAAGACCAACGCUGGAACUGGGAAUAUUUGAUAUUAUUUGAAAUACCUAUAGAGUUCAUCUAACCAGGGCUGGACGUCUUGAAUUAAACGACUCAGCCGGCAGUAUUAUCGUUUUGGACAUGCGCAACAUCGAAAAUGAGUAUUCAUUCAUGUUUGAAUACUCUGGAUACCGCAGUAAAUUCAUCGGCAUGCCUUACGAUAGGGAAUUUGAGAUAAUGUGGCAGCAGAUCGGCGAAGAACUCCGUUCGAAACAUAACCGAUUCGUGGGCAUGCCCUUCGAUAGUGGAUUUGAACGGAUGUGGCGCCAAAUCAGAGAAGAUUUAAAGCGAGAUCAGGAGAUAAUCGACUUCGCACUCGGCUUCCAACGGAAUUUAACCCUCUACGAAAAGGAGGAAACGGUUGACGGCCCACUUGAGUCUUUUAUUGAACGCAGAUAAAAUAUAUUCAAUUUUAUUGAA